AUGAUGAUGCGCAACCUGUUCUGUGUUAUGCUUAUUGCACUGUAUUGUACUUGCAGUUUCGUGUUGGCUGCUGGUACUGAAACUGAAGCUGUUUUAACUCAACCUGAAGGUGUUGGUCCUGUACCUGGAAGUGUUGGUGCAGGAGUUGGAAGUGGUGGUGGUAGUGGAGGGAGUGGCCAUCCUGAUACUCCUCAAAGUAAAGGGCAAGAAACUUCAACUCAAGAAAUACCCAAAGGAGUGGCAAGUGAUCGAGAACCUACUGCUCAGGGUCUUCCAGAAACCCAAACAAUGGUCGGAGGUACACCAGAACUUCAACGUAAUACUGCACAGUCUCCUCCUACUCAACCUGCUACUGAACCUAUUCCUGGUGAAACAGGUGUUGCUGGUACUGGUGAUGGUGGUGUGAAGGGAAAUACCCGUACCGGUGAAGGAAGCAAUGGUACACCGAGAGGAGAAACUCAUUCUUCUUCUCCAGGAUCCAGUUCGAGUGGUGACAGCUCACCAACACCCAAUCAGAAUGAACAAAAUGCUCCAAGUGAGAAUACUACCACUGUACCUGCAUCUACACAAGAAGGUGCAGACUCACAAUCUUCUCCUACACCAUCUACUGAACCUCCUUCCGCAUCUUCACAGGCAAAUGAGGGGACACAAGCAUCUGAAACUGAAAAUGCUGAGAAUGACACUACACCUGCAGAGAGUGAAUCAACCACCACCACCACUACCACAACAACAACAACACUUCCUCCU